AUGGAUUCCUUCGUUUCCCGGAAGAAGAGAAAGCUCUCACCUCCUCCUCCAACCUCGACUAUCGAAGAUAUCAGUGCUUUGAGCGCCCCAGAUGACGAGUCUACGGAUUUCAAGCUGGCCCUUCUCUCGUCCUUACAUCCAUAUCUCGACCAGAAUGUUCUUAUGGAUAUGCUCUUAGCACAUGAUGGAUCUGUAGAGAAAGCAUCUGCCUCUCUCAACCCCUCGGAUUCGCCCCCAAGAAAGUCUUCCGGUGUGAUCGGUUACCAGAGCUCCCUGUCUGGCUUUGUCUCUCAGAAUAGUACAGAUGAAGGUUUGAACAAGAAAGCAAAACUACUUUCGAAGAAGGGCAAGACUUUACACCUAUACGACCCCGCAGAUGUGGCUGAACAUACACCUUGCUCGAUCAUCCACAAUUUCCUGCCGGCAGAAGACGCAAACGCCUUGCUCGAAGAGCUUCUCAAGGAAGUCCCAACCUACGAAAGAAUGACAUUCAAGCUGUUUGAUAACGUUGUCCAAAGUCCUCACACUGCUUCGUUUUAUGUUGACUCUUACGAGGAGCUGCAAAGGCAGAAGACAGAAUAUAUCUACAAUGGUGGACUCUUGACAGAUGUUCGUCAACUUACCCCACAAAUGCGCAAAGUCUCCCCUCAAGUCGAACAAGCAGUCAACUCCGAGAUUACGAAGCGAAUUACACGCUACCCUGAUGGCAAGAAACUCAAAUAUCAAUCGCCUGCGGUCUGGAAACCAAAUGCAGCAUUUGUCAACUGCUACGAUGGCGGAGGGGAAAGUGUUGGAUAUCACAGCGAUCAGCUUACGUACCUGGGACCACGAGCAAUCAUCGGGUCUAUAUCUUUGGGUGUAGCAAGGGAAUUUCGAGUUCGCCGCAUCAUACCACAAGAUGAAGAGAAGAAGGAGAAGUCCAAGGAAGACGGAGAUAUGGAGGGACAGAUAGCGAUUCAUCUUCCACAUAACUCCUUACUCGUCAUGCAUGCCGAAAUGCAGGAAGAAUGGAAGCAUAGCAUAGCGCCCGCACAAGCUAUUGAUCCACAUCCUAUCUCCGGCAAGAAGAGAAUCAACAUCACAUAUCGAGAUUAUAAAGCGAGUCUACACCCAAAAUAUACACCCAGGUGCAAGUGUGAUGUGCCGGGGGUAUUGAGAGUUGUUCAAAGAAAGAAGGAGAAUUGGGGCAAAUACUUCUGGAUGUGCCAUGCAGGUAAUGUUCCUGAUAAAGAUGGAUGCACUUUCUUCAAAUGGGCAAAAUUCAGCGAUGAUGGGCUUCCUAUAUGGGAUGAUUCAGACCAAGCCAAGGCUGGUCCUCAUGCCGAUAUCUCUGAACCUUCUUAA